UAUAGGUAUUCGUAUCUUAAAUAGAAGGUUAUUUAAUAUUGGGGGUCUCCUAUAGUGAAGGAGGCAGAGACUAUACAUAUUUUUAUUAAAUUUCUUUCUUUUCAGAUGUUCAGGGGUUGUUGUUUUUGUGAUUGUUUUGGGGGAAUUCCAAAUAACAGGCGUUAUGAUCAACCAUUAACUCCACAAACAAUAAAUCGUUGCAUGAAAGCUAUUAAAGAACAUGAAAGGGAGGAAAAGGCUAAGUAUUCGGCAAGUGGAGAAUGGUCAAUAGCCCCACCACCACAACAACACUCAACAUCAUUUAAUAAUAAUUGUAUGGUUAUAGAUUCACGUCGACCAUUAUUACCACAACAAACAACAACAAAUUCAAUUUCAUCAAUUAGCGAAACUAUCCCCCCUCCAAAUAUUCGUGCCUGUUCUCCUCCACCAUCUUACCGUUCUUCUAAUGGAAGUAUUGACAAAAUUAAUAAAUAA